GACACUGCCGACGUCUUUACCUGUAGAUCUUCAGUUCAUUUGUUACUACACAUUAGCUCUUACAAUUGUACACACACACAAUUACUCUUUGACCCGAAGGCGUAUGCACUGGAUGACAAUAUUUAUAAAUUAUUGGAAAUCGGCGUUCUGAAGCAUUACGGCUCGCAAAUAGCUGUGUGAUCGUGUGUCCAUGUGUGUCACUGUGCAUAUAGAUUCGUUCACGCAUCACAUAAGGAAAGCAUAACAUGGAACCUGGGCUCCGAGUUGUCCGUGGACCUGACUGGAGUUACGGCGACCAGGACGGCGGCGAAGGUCAUGUCGGUACUGUGGUAGAAAUCGGCGGGCAGCGUGGAUCCGGACCUCCAGAGAAGUGUGUGGCUGUGACCUGGGACUCAGGGGUCAGGAAAAUCUACAGGGCAGGUCACCAGAACGCUUAUGAUCUGUUAGCAUUUGAUAAUGGCCAAUGUGGUGAGCUAUAUAUUUUUUUAAAGGGGGCGUCAAAUUAAUUACGUCUACAAAAUAGCGGGAGUCGGUUUGGGAAAUGUUUGACAGCUGUGGACAAGGGUGAGGGAAUGGGGUUUAGAUGAGUUGACGUCAACAAUCAUGGAGAUAGAGAGAGCUAAUGGCAAUUAUUGCUAACACCGAUAAUGCUUUUUUGGUUAUAGUGCUGAAGGAUUAUAUAACGAUGAUGUUGACGUGUCUGGUAUAUCGGCUCCGCAUGAGGAAAGAGAUAAAUCACCUACCAUGGACUGUGUCAUUCAGGGGCGAUAUUUCAGGUUAUUUCAAGGGGGGAAAGGGGGGGGGCAAAACCAAAAUUGGUCGGCUUGUUAAGUUGUUAAUUACUGGAGGCGCAACAGUAUAUAGCCAUUUAAAAAAUGCCUGCAAAUUAGUGGGGGUGGGGGUGGAGGGGUAAAAGCCCCUCUGCCCUACGAAAAUGAUGACCCUGAUGCCCAAAAAUUACGAUAGAGCUAACCUAGCUACUCCUUUGGAAGAUGCUAGCAGCUAGAAACUGUGCUAUAAUUGUCAGAUUUACUGACGAUAAUCCUAUUUAUACCACAAGCAAUGAUAACUAGUCUUUAACAAACUUUUAAUUGAUUCUGUAUUAUAAAAUUCAAGUGUUAAAACAUUUUAACCUGUUGAUUAACCAGCUAAAGAUGCAAUAAUUUUUUUUUACUACAAUUUGUGUCUUUAACGAAAUAGAUCAGCACAAAGUAAACUGUAUAUUUAAGUAUAAUAUAAUUUCCUUUUUUUUUUGCGGGGGGGGGGGGGGGUAAAAUGUUGUCAUAAUUAAAUAGGGGAGUCAUUGAAAGUUUGACAGCUGUAGACAAUGGGGUCAAAGUUGCUUUAAAAACUUGAUUACGUCAUUAAUGAUCGAACCCCAAAGAAGACACCACUGGAAGUUCCCAUCCCCCUACAAAUACAGAGUUGAAAAAAAGGAUUUCAAAAUUUCAAACUGAUCUUUUUGUCAUUUCGCUAUGUUGGCAUUUAUGUAAAGAAUUAUUUUCUUUAAAACUUUAUUUGAUAUAUCUUAACAAGAAAUUUGACUUAUUUUGUGUGUACUUACGUAUCACACUUUUUUUUUACAACUUUUCAACUUUUCAAAUCAAAUUAAUGCAAUAUUUGAACUGGCUCAUGUAACAUAAAUGGUUGAAGGUGUUCAGUUACCUUUUUAUAAGGUGUGUUCCACCCUUCAACCAACUGCGAUGGCUGCCAGGAACGAGGGAUCGAGGGCUUCCGCUGGAAGUGCUCGGUGUGCGAUGAUUUCGACCUGUGCACGUCUUGCUACAUGUCGGACAAGCAUAAAACCGCCCAUUCUUUCAUCAGACACGACACACGCUCGUCCGAUGGGUAAGACGAAGCUGCAGAGCAGAUUCUGAACUUUAACCUUUUUAGAAGUGAUGUUCAUUAGAUCCUUUUAUUUUUUUAAUUAACUGAACGAAGUGUUAAAACAGAACAAGUGGUUGAUAAUAUUUUAUUAUAAGAUGCGUAUUACUAUCGCUUAACUAAAAAUGUUAUGUUUUGUUAACUUUUGUUUUACUAAAAUCGAUAAUGGUCACGUGCUCCUAAAUUGAGACAGGGGGUCUCAACAGUUUAAGUGUGAUGCAGCAAAGAUUCUGUUAAACAAAUUGACAAUUGGAUUUUUUUUUAUAUAUCGUUCAAUUUAAUGCUCAGGAUAGACAUAUGAACUCUAAAUUAUUUUUUUAAACCAUUUCCAAUUCGUAGACAAUAUAAAAAAAAGUUAUUUUUAAGACCAUACCUAUUAUUGGUAUCAUGGUAAAUUGAAAAUAAAAAUGUAAUUAAAACAUUAAAUUUAGUGAACGAAUAACCGAAAUUUUAAAUAUAAGACAUGGGAUGGUUUCUUCAAUUAAUUGUUUAAAACUUAACAUCAUUUUCUGCGCAAAUAUUUCAUUAAACAUGUGCAGUUUAAUUAUUCAUUAGCAAUGCAUGGCAAUAAUCGGACAGAUGGCAAUAUUGGAAGGUACAUAUAGACGAACUAAACACCUUUUACGUCAUACGCUGGCUAUUUCCAGUUAGCACAUAAUUGCUACACUAGUAAGUACACCAUUUAAGACGAUCUCACAUACGUGAUUGCAGUGUAGGUGUUCCCGCGAGAAGUAACUGUAAGAACGAGAAACGUUCAGCGAAAGGGAUUUUCAAAGACGCCACUGUUGCCCGAGGACCGGACUGGAGGUGGGAUAAUCAAGAUGGUAUGUUUAUUUCUUCUAAAGGAAAACUAAUAAUAAUUGUAAAAACAUGAAUCUAUUACCAACAAGUAAACAAUCCUAAAAAUCUAUUAAAAUGCUCACUUUAAGGAAUAAAAUGUAAAAAAAAACAACAAAAAAAGCAAAUGAGCAAAAUUAAUUUUACAAACCGUUCGAAUUGAAAAGGUUAUAUAUAGAUAUAUGUAGUUUUAUAUUGUUUCGUCUGUUCUUAAAUGUGGUAAAUUUUAGAUUGUUUUUAUUUCUCUUUUUAAUAUGGUUGACUUUGUACCGCGCUUCGAGCUCUUGGGGAUUCUUUUAUGGCCUUUUUUUUUAUUGCAUUGUACAUUUUCAGCACAAAAAUGUAAAAAAAAUUGAACAAGACAUCUAUAGUUAAGUAUUUCACUUGUUGAAAAAAAAAAGCCAUUCGUGAAUUCAGGGACUUUAACCAUUCUCAUUAAGAUUUGUGACUUAAGGGGGAGCACGCUGGUAAAUUCUUACAUAUUUUCUUGAUUUCGGUAUUUAUUACGUUGUUAAUGUUGCGAAAUUAAAUUUAAAUGUAUAUUAUCCAAAUUUCAAUGUCUUCAAAGAAUAUCAAAUUUAAAACUUCCGAUGAACUAAAAAACAAUUAAAUUACAGUUAACAUGUAAUCAGUUUAACUUAAAUUUUUAUUCCAAAAAAGUACUUUUAUCAAUUUUCUAAAGUAAUAAAAACUUACAUUUUAAAAGUUUUUUUAAUAUAAUAAUGCGCCGUUUAAGACAUUAAGUAAAACUAAAUUUCAUAGCUGAAUACAUCUCACUAAAUCAAUUACCACACAUCCAAACAAAAGGGAACAAUAUGACGUUGCCAUUGGUUUAUUUUGAUUUCAACAUCCCGAAUCCCAAUUAUGUUACAGAUUUGAACUUUACUAUAGAUUUUAAUUUAAUAGAAAUAAAAAUAAUUUUUUUGGAAAACACAAAAUUGUGCUUAUAAAAUUAUUGCUAGUUUUUAAAAUGGAAAUAUAAAACAAUGCAAUAAUAAAAGGGAUCUGUGCGGUUAUAGGUCUAAUUAAAAAUUCCGUAUAUUUUAAGUAUAGGGUGUGUAAAGAAUGUGUGGUUGCGUAAGAAUAGCUCUUAACAAACAAAAGACAGUUCAUGGACUUUGGAGAUUUUUAUGAUGCUAAGAAUAGCUCUUAACAAACAAAAGACAGUUCAUGGACUUUGAAGAUUUUUAUGAUGCUAAGAAUAGCUCUUAACAAACAAAAGACAGUUCAUGGACUUUGGAGAUUUUUAUGAUGCUAAGAAUAGCUCUUAACAAACAAAAGACAGUUCAUGGACUUUGGAGAUUUUUAUGAUGCUAAGAAUAGCUCUUAACAAACAAAAGACAGUUCAUGGACUUUGGAGAUUUUUAUGAUGCUAAGAAUAGCUCUUAACAAACAAAAGACAGUUAAAUAAGUGACAAUUGUUUAAGAGAUCGUUCUUGAAAUGUAAUAAUAAUUUUUUUAAAUGGUUUUGUGAUAAUAUAUUUUGGUAGCGAGACAGAAUUUUUACCGUUUUAAAGGAAGACACCAAUAGAUGUCAUUCAAAAUCAGUUAAUGGCACAUACAUUUAAAUUAAUUCAUAGAUUUCUUUAACUUUUUUUAGCAUAAUUUUUUUUUUUAAAGUAUAGACACUUUUUUUUCUUUGCAGUGGUUAGGGGGGGGGUAGGCCUCUGUUAUGUAGAGGAGAAAAAAUAUGAUCAACGCGAAAUGAUGUUAGAAACGUAAACAUAAUUAUAGAGAUGUUUCUUUAAACAUAACAUGGGUCCGAUUUACUGGAACCGUACAAUUCAUUACAAGAAUGUUCACAAUUACAAAUCACAGUCAAGAAGUCAACAGUGAUUCAUACCGCACAAUUAUACGACGAAAGUCUUGCUACGGAGUAAUUUUAAGGAACAACGAAAUUCUCAAACACGUAUUUUCAAGACUGAGAAACUUAUGCCAGAUGAAGAGUGAAAAAAACAAUUUCUAUUAAUUUGGAACAAUAAAAUAUUUUUUUGUUGUUAUCUUGUCUUACAAAGACGUUAACAAUUGUCGUGCUUUAUUUUCUUGAGGAUACAAUACAUCAAAAACCCCACUCUGUUACGAUCGUAAAAGUUGGAUUUUUAUAUGUUGAUACCUCGCAAUAGCAGGUAGCCAAGUAGCAAUCCAUUUCUUCAAUUAUAACCACGGUAACAUUGGGUAAUCUCUUCUAGUAUGUUAUGUUAAUUGUUGUCCAAUGUGUGUCUCCAAAGAUUAAGUUGAGUGUAACAGAUCUAUUUUUGGAAUGGUUUACAGAAAAAAAAUAUGUAUUUUUUUAAAUGAAAAAAAAAAGUAAUUACUAAUUUGUCCACUAAAUCCCAUUCCUACUCCACGUAAUUCUAUAACAAGGAGGCGAUGGCAAAACUGGUCGGGUAGUGAACAUUUCAAAUUGGAACAGAUGCUUCCGGGGCGAAAUCUCAGUCGCAUGGAGCGCUGGUUCCGGUUACACGUACCGCCUGGGACCGGACGGCAAAGUUGACCUGAAAUGUGUUGUGCCAACCAGUGGAGGAAACUACUACAAGAGUCAUCUCCCCGUCGUUGGUACAGAAAUGUUCUUAGAAAAUAAACAUUUGGAUCGUCACAGAUAUUUAAACAAUUUUUUUUUUUUUAAAUUUAAUUUUAAUGUGUUUGUACAUUUUGUUUGUGUUUUUAAUAUUGUUUUUUUUUUAAUUCAAUGUAUUGAAUUAAUAUAUAUAUAUGUAUAUAUAUAUAUAUAUAUUAAUUACAACCCUAAACGGCAAAACUGAUAUUUGUUUAAUUAAUGAACAUUAUUUUAACCUGGGCUGGCCUUAAAAAAAACAGAAACAAAUUUGAAACUGUUAACUAAAGACUGAAGACAAUUAAGUAGGUAUUUUAGUUGUAAGGUUUUCUAUUUUAUCCAGUUUACUUUUAUAUGUUUCCACAGGAAAAAUGAAAGUUGAAACAAUAGAGGAUGAGCGGGCUGAAAAUUUCCUUCGAUAUUUUCAAAGAGCCGCCUUGGGGCAGUUGCUGCUGAGACCACUUGUGGAUAUGCUGGGGGAAGGGGUGGGUAGAUCUGUGAAUAUGCUGGGAGAAGGGGUGGGUAGAUCUGUGAAUAUGCUGGGAGAAGGGGUGGGUAGAUCUGUGGAUAUGCUGGGGGAAGGGGUGGGUAGAUCUGUGGAUAUGCUGGGGGAGGGGGUGGUUAGAUGUGUGGUUAUGCUGGGGGAAGGGGUGGGUAGAUCUGUGGAUAUGCUGGGGGAAGGGGUGGUUAGAUCUGUGGUUAUGCUGGGGGAAGGGGUGGGUAGAUCUGUGGAUAUGGGAGGGGGGACACGGUUAGUGGGGCUGUAAACAUUCUGGGAGCAGGUGUGUGUGUGUGGCAUUGUGGAUUUCCUUGGGGCAGGGGUGGGAGAAAUUGGGGACAUCCUGGGGAUACGGAUGGGUAAUAGAUUUGUUGAUGUGAUGGUGCCUAACGCUGGGUAUGAUAAUAUAGAAAAAUGAAAACUUUUUUUUUUGUCACACAAAUUAUCAUCAUUUUACGCAGUACUCAGCGUAUUUAUAAUUUAAUUUGCUGAUAAAAGUGCACAUUUGAUUUUCCUUAAGGAUAUUUUAAAACAAUAAACAUUCCAUAAAAUAGAUAUUAAAUCUAAUUAACAUAAAUCAGUUGAUUGCGUGAAAUUAUCUGCGUGUAUUUUUUUUUUUUACGAUUCGUUGCAUAUAUUUUCCUGCGUAAGUACAAUUUUUUUUUUUAAAUUACACUAAAUUGCAAACCCACCUUACACAAAAAAAAGAGAAAAAGCAAUUAACAAAGGGAAAAUUAAUUUCAAAUACAUCGCGUGCAGAUAAUCAUUUCGAAAAUGGUUCCUUUAAAUUCCCAUGUUAUCUGAUGUGUACGCUUUCUUUCUGCAAUACUUUAAUAGCUUAUAGUCUUGUGACCUUAGCCCGUGAGGUGAAACAAAGAACACAGAAGAGGUGUAACAAAACAUUAAAUAAAAUAGAUUUUAAAAUUAGAUGUAAGUGAAACUAAAGACUUAAAACUGCACAUUACAGAUAUCGGAAAUGAUGAGCUCAAAAACUCCAGAGUACGGAGUCGGAUUUCGUGUGGUCCGUGGGCCAGAUUGGAAAUGGGAGAACCAAGAUGGCGGUGAAGGGUUUUUGGGGACGAUCACGGAGAUUGGUGGACCGGGUUUGACGCAGCCUCCGAUCAACUGCGUCAGGGUCAUUUGGGACGACGGUUCCAAAAACUUGUACAGGGCUGGACACGAGGAAAAGUUUGACUUACGUGUUUACGAAAUCGGUGUAGAUGGUAUGAAUUUUUUUUUUUACAUUAAUUAAAGACAAUAUUUUUAUGCCCGGGGUUCUGAGGACAAUUUAAAAGGUUUAUUGUAAAAAUAAAGCAAGGAAUAAAAAAUAUGAGAACUACAGCAAUGAUUUAAAGCAUAUAUUCAAUAUGUCAUAGAAGAACUUUUUUUGAGUAGAUUUUAUUGAAUUGUUUUCUAAUAUUCUAUACUACCUAGAUCGUGUCAAAUUGUUUUCAAAUACGUUAUACUACGCAGAUCGUAUCAAAAUUGUCCUCAAAUAAUUUAUACUACCCAGAUCGCAUCAAAUUGUCUUCAAAUAUGUUAUACUACCCAGAGCAAUGUAUAAUUCAUUCAAAUAAUUUAUAUUACCUAGAUGGUAUCAAAUUGUCUUCAAAUAUUUUAUACUACCUAGCACAUAAAAUUACGUCAAAUAAUUUAUAAUCACAGAAUGACAUUUUUUUUUGACGAGUACAUUGUCUGGUUGAUAUAUUUUUUGGCUAUUUAUUGCACACGCAAUAGGAACGCAACAUGAGUCUGUGAAGUGUGACGGUUGUAACGUCAAAGCCAUCCGAGGAAUCCGAUGGAAGUGCUCCGAAUGUCAGAAUUCAAAUCUCUGUUCGCAGUGCUACAGCAACGAUAAGCACGACGUCAACCACCAGUUUCUUCGCUACGACAGUCCUGAGGCGAAAAAGUAAAAUAUGUCAUUUCAAACAAUUUUAUUGAAUUAAUAUGAUGCUUUGUUUAAAUGGCUCUGAAAGGAAAACACUCCAAGAGAUGUAUAUAUAAACUCUAGAAUCAAAAACAUUCUUAAAAAUUUCUAUUAGGAAAAAAAUUAAUAAUUAAACAACCAUGCAUCAAGUUUACCAACGACAUAGACAUGAAUUUAAUGUAACUAAAUCUUUAUCUUCAUAUAGUAAGAUUUUUUUGAAACCAAUAUAUAUAUAAAUAUAUAUAUAUUUAUGAGGUUUUUUUUAGAUAAUGAACUUAAUUAAUACAAAAAGGUAAUUAAAACAACAAAAAGAAAACGUUGCAAAUUAAUUUUUUUCUUCCUGAAAAUGAAAUAAAAUCAAACAAUAUAUCAAUAAAAUACCUUCGUUUAAUUUUUUAAUUUCUAAAAUUUUUUUUUUUUUUUGUUUAAAGUGUUGAAUGAGAAAUCCAUUCAGAUUUUUUUUGUUCACUCCAGGGCUAAAUGUUUAAUUUCAGAAUUUUCAAACUACCCAAACGUUCAGAGAGUAAAAAGGUGCAAGCUAUGGGCAUCUUUCCUGGGGCAUCAGUUUGUCGAGGAAGUGACUGGAAAUGGGGUGGUCAAGAUGGUAGGGGAGAUGGUUUAAUGAGACCUUGCUCUUAAUUUAUACAAACUCAGUUUAAUCUUUAGGUGACCAUUUAAGUUUAUUUAUUCAGGCAUUUUUAUAUAGCGCUUUACAAUUAUUAAAAACAUGUAGACUAUUUAAACUGCUAACGUAAAAUAAAAGUGAAAAACCAGAGACACUAGAAUAUUAACAACUAUAUGCGAAAUUACCAAAGAAACAGUAGCUUAAACAUUAAAAUGGCUAUAGAAUCGAGUACACUUUGGCACGUUUUGGCUUAUACUACAGGAUCAACCCAAGACAGAAAAAGAGGCAGGGCAAGGAGGGUGCAAUCACAUUAGUCUUGUUUUUUUUUUUGUUUUUUUUAAAUGGCUGUUUUUAAACAAACAAUAACAUAAAUUAACAAAAUAAACUUUUAUUUAAAAAAAAAAUAUUUUGAUUAUUUACCAAGGUGGUGAGGGAAGCGUCGGUCGUGUCCUCUCCUUAGAAGAUACCGGAAAUUCCUCCUACAGAAGUUCAGCCUCUGUCCAGUGGCCGUCCGGGUCUAAAAAUGUUUACCGUCUUGGGCACAGGGGAAACGUUGAUCUGAAAUGUACGAAGCCGACACCUGGAGGAUUUUACUACAGAAUUCACAUGCCCAUAUUUGGUAAUUGAAAGAAAAUUGCGUUUCCUUUUUAAAUACAAAAGUGCAAAAUACAAUUACAAUAAUACAAAUACAAGUACAAACCAAAAUACAAGAACAAACCAAAAUACAAUUUCAAUACAAAUAAUUUUAAAACAUAUAAAAAUAUAUAUAAAUACUGACCUGUUGAAAUUACUAAAUUUGUAUUAAAUGAGAAAAAAAUCCUGAUUUCACUAUUCCGGACGUGGCACUAUCCGGACUUGUAGAUCAGUACGCAGGAGGGCACUUAUUUGGUAGCUCAAGAGACAACAUUUAAAAUGUUUCUUUUCAUUAUAAAAUAGUUUAAACAUUACUAUCAUUAUUUGAUGUCCGCUAUUCAAAACUCGUAUUUGUAUUUAAAAAAAAAUAAAAAAUUUAAACUUUAUAUUUUUAAUUAAAUUUCAAGGCAAUAAAACGAGAAAAAAUGAUUCAAAUAUUAAAAGGAACGCAACUAAAUAUAUCGUUUUAAAAAGCAACACUCCAAAAAAAAAUAAAUAAUGGAAUUGAAAAGCCCCCUUAACGGGGACAUUGCUGCAUAUUUUCAACACAAAAAUACAACACGCGAAGCCAAACCUUCUUUCUCGUACCGUUAGUUUCAGACAGACAUAAAACGAGAAUUAUGUAUUUUUAAAAAAAUUUUCUUUUAUUAAAUUUAGUGUGUCAAUGAUUACGCGCUGGUCGCAAUUAAUCUGGAUAACCAAGUACCUACUUAAUUUUUCGUCAAGUGUGUUAAAAGCAGGUCCGAAGUAACACAGUUGGGAAAUCACGUGAAACCUAAGCACCCCACAUUAAAAAAAAAAAACCAAAACAAUCAGGACAAUACAAAAAUCAAACAGUACUAGCAACACCAAAAAAGAGAUAUGACUAAACGUUGCAUGCAUAAUUUGUAACUCUCUACCUAUAGAAAUCAAAUAUGUUUAAGGACGCAACCGACUAUUUAUAUACUGCAUUAUUCUGUUAGGAUAAAAAAAGCUGGCCUUUGAACAUUGUACUAUAAAUAUAUUUAAAGAGCUUGAAAAAAAUCCGCCAAACAAUGGCGGCGGGCGAUGCAUGGACUUCCCCUCGGCUAAAGUUACUUGACAAAACAUACAGUCCAGAAACGCACUUUAUGAGAAUCCGGGCUAGUGUUUUACCGGGGAAGUUUAUUUUGCAUGCGUAUUGAACAUGGCGUUACAGCCGUAGAUAGAUGUCUCGACCAUUUCAUUUGUCAUUCACGUGGGUCUCAGGGUUGUCAACUCAAUAAAAAUAACAUUUACUGACAAAUAAAAGAACUCUCAACAAAAUUUACGGACAAAUACAAUUUUUUACGGACACAUCUAUAUAUAUAUUAAGUCAAUUUUUAAAAAACAGAUACUAUUUUUAUAUUUAUGUCGUCAUAAUUUAUGCGUAAUUCUGACGUAACGACUAACGGUCUGUCUAAACAAGUCCAACUUGCCGCGAUGCAUCUCGCCGCGCGAGCCUAGCUGUCCAGAAAGCUCUUACAGUUUAUUAAUAGAGUGCGGGAUUCCACUAAAACAAUUUAAAAAUUAAAAUUUAAAUCAAGAAACUAGAUAUCACAAACAUGAUUUACUGGGUCUUUUUAACGUUAAGAUUCCACGUUUAGUCGAUUUUUUUUACGGACGUCUUAAUUUUUUAACGGAAUUUUACGGACAGGCAAUUUUACGACAAACCUAUACGGACCGUCCGUAAAUUUACGGAUGGUUGGCACCCUGGUGGGUCUACAAUUUUAAAAUAGAAACCUGGCAUGUUUCUAUAUUUGAAGUCAGAAUUUAUUUUUCUGUCAAUGCCAGGCAAGGAACAGCCGCCUGAGAAAGCGGGUCGAUUUAAAGUCGGUGACCAGGUCAAGUGUUCAGUUGAUGCCCUAAAGCUAAGGAGUCUACAGCUCGGACACGGAGGCUUCUCUAUGGACAUGGUUCCGGUAAUUAAAAAAAACAAAAACCAGUUAAAAUAAUGUUCUAGUAUUGAAAAUUUAUUAACUUGUAUCUUCCCUUCUAUCUCUCGUUAUCUAUUUUGUUUUCUUCAUAUCUCUAACAUUUUUUUAAUUUUUCCGUCUCACAAUCGAUCUAAUUGAUUAUUUAAGUUGCUCUAUCGAUUUCUCUAACUUAUUUCCUACAUUCUUUUAGUCUGUCCUUUUCAUUUGAAUUUUAUCUUAUAUUUUAAAAAUACUCAAACACAUCGCCCCUUUUUUAACAAUUAGGGAAUUUUAAAUGAUAAUAAGAAUUUAAAAAAAAAUCAUAAAAAAUGCAAUUACAAUUUCGGAAAGUUGUCUUAAUCCACUUGUAUCUCCACACUAAUCGUAAAUCUUCAAACGCAUACUAUCGCUUUGGAAAGAAGUGCAUGUUUGCAGCGAAUUGAAACUUUGAUUUGUACACUUUAAGACAACACAAUGAACAUAAAGGUUUCGAUACAUACCUUAAUCAGUCUUUAGUGGGUCACAAUGGGUUUUGGUAUUUCUUAUGACACACUGUCAUUGGUGUUAUUCUAUUUAAACUCGUAUUUUUGUUAUUAUUUUAUUGAAAUAUGUUAAUUUUAUUCUAAAUUUGUGAAAUUGUUUUUUUUAAAAAAAUGAAAUUAUUUGUGUUUUUUUUUAAAGGGUCAUUCAUUAAACAAAAAAUAAUUACGUAACGAUGCCAUAUUUCACUACCAUAAUCAUAGAAAAAUUAAAUGAUGUCUUGGGUUAUUUAUAUACAUUUCGUUUGACCAAGCUGAUCAACAUCCCCGGAUCGGUGAAGUCUAUUGACGACGAUGGUGACGUCGUUGUUGUAUACCCCAACGGAAAGCAGUUUAUAUAUCACCCCGACGGCCUGACUAAGGUAAUGUACAUUACGAACGAAACGUACUAUUUUUAAAAUCUUGUUAAAAAAACCAAACAACUAUCGGCAUCUAAAAAGGUGUAUUCAUGUAUUUUGUAUUUUAAAACUCAAAUUGACCACAACUGGUUAUCGGAAAACAACUUUUAGCACCAUGAUUUUACCGUGCGUUGUAAAGAUUUAAUAUACAAUACCUUUUGUGUGUUUUUUUUAAUAACAAAUAAAAUUUUAAAUAAAAUGAAAUAAGAGAAAUUAUUUGCACAUUAAAUAUUUAUUUUUGUUUGUUAAGAAAUGAGCGACACAUAUCUUGUUUUUUUUUAAAAAAAAGAAUAUAGUCAUCAUGCAUAAUAAAUAAUACAAAAUCUAUAGUUCAAUAAAUCGAUCACUCGUCUCAAUACUGUUUACAUCGACAUUUGUAACAGCCUUUUCUUAUUGUACGAUAAAACUUGUGUUGUUCAUUCUUUAAAGUAACAUGGACAUUUUUAAAAAGAAUCUGGCCGCGUGUUAGUGUAAACGCGUUUUCUGUAGUUCAUCAAAGUCUUUAUAUUGAAUUGGCCUCUGUUCUCGUGGGUUUGUGUGGCGAAAUCUUCGGAAGCCAAAUUGACCCAUUUCCCGUCAUUACUAUCAAGCUGAAACUGAUAGACUCGAUGCCGAUGACAACAACUGCUUUCACAUUUUCAGCUCCACUUCCCACCCCAAACCCCAAAGAAUCAGAAUGUCCAGUUUUCCCCCCACAAAAAAUGAUGGGGCGUUGAAAUCUUAAUCUUAUUUUUUCAAUGGAUACUUGUUUUGGCAUGGAGAUAAUGGUUUGCCCGUUGCUAUAGACUUUGUAUUUGUUACGCAUUUGGGUAUAAAGCCAAAAAUCAAAUGUUUUUUUUCAAAGGGGAAAGGGGAAGGAAUUAUGAAAGUUGUUUUUACCAGACGUUUACCGCUCCUUAAUAAAUUGAAAAAAAUCACGUAGAGUUACAUAAAUGGAAACAGAAAGUCAUACAAAUGAUUUAUUGGAAAAUCUUUGGUUUUUUUGGGUUUGUUUUAAAAUUGUUUAAAUUAAUUUGUUUAAAUUUUUAGAUUUAAUUUGUUCAAGUGUCUGACGCUUUAUCUGCUUUAUUUAAGCUCAAGAGUAAACACAUCUUAUUUAAUUAUUUUUGUUCUGUUGAAAAUCUUCCUCUAGGGAUAAAAUUAACCCAAAUCUGAAUAUAUCAAUAAUAGUGUAAUUUUGCCUUUAACUUUGCCUUUGCAGGAAUAAAUUAAAGGCUGGAGAUACCUUACAGACACAACCGUUUAAUGUAUCAAGUGAUAUUUUGCUAAUGAUUGUAUCGAAUACAACUAUUUGCUUCAAUACAUGCUCUAAUUUACAGAUUUUAAGUUAGGAUUCGUUGUUUCUGAAUUCUAGUUGCAUUCGCUCACUGUUCGAUGAUUCGAACGUUCGAAGAUUUUCUUGUUAGCAUUUAUGUUUAGAGAAAUAUAUAUUUAUUUGGAGCAUGUGGGAAGAGUUUAAACAUAAAUAAAUUCGUUAUUAUGGAUCAUUUAGGAGCAGUGAAAUCAUGCUAUGGUCCAGUCUUGUUUUACGAAAACAUUUAAUAUAGUAUCUAUCUUAAAAACUAAAUCUCCGAUUCCAUUUAGCUCGUAUACAAAAAACCAAACAAAAAAAAACAACAACAACACAAAAUAAAAAAGGAAAAAACAACAACAUAAUAGCUUCUAUAGUUGUGUGUCAAAUUUAGAUGGGGAUCACCAUGAACCAUGCAUAUCUUGUUAACUCUAUAAAAUUAUUGAAAUAAUUAUUGCUGAUUACAGUCAAUAACGUUUCGUUCAGUAAGAAUUUUCUAGAACUGAGAGGUUGGCGUCAAUGAAUUAAUAGUGUGUGGAGUAGGGGUAGGUUUAGGUUGGGGAAAUAUGAGGUUCAGGCAGAGGCGUAGCGAGGGGAGGGCAUGGGGGACACAUGUCCCCGGGCGCUAGCUAGUUCGGGGCGCCAAAAUGUGCUUUGUUAUGAAAAUAAUGGGUGUGAGAGUUGAAAAAAAGAAAAAAGGGGCGCUAUAAAAUAAAUAUAAUCCCCGGGCGCUAAACUUGUCCCCGGGCACCAAACACCCUCGCUACGCCGCUGGGUUCAGGUGAGAGGCUAGAAGGGGUUCAGGUAAGAGGUAAUAUGGGUUUCAGAUGAGAGGAUUUAGGGGGGUUCUUUUGGCAGGAUCUAGGGGAUUAAGGCUUUUGUGGGUUUUAGUGAGAGGCUACCGGAGGUUCAGUUGAGAGUUUAUAAAGGGUUUAGGUAAAAGGCUACCGGAGGUUCAGUUGAGAGUUUAUAAAGGGUUUAGGUGAAAGGCUACCGGAGGUUCAGUUGAGAGUUUAUAAAGGGUUUAGGUGAAAGGCUACCGGAGGUUCAAUUGAGAGUUUAUAAAGGGUUUAGGUGAAAGGCUACCGGAGGUUCAGUUGAGCGUUUAUAAAGGGUUUAGGUGAAAGGCUACCGGAGGUUCAGUUGAGGGUUUAUAAAGUGUUUAGGUGAGAGGCUAUAGGGGUUUAGAAGAAGGUAAAAGAGAUUUGUGUUAUCAGAGAGAGACAGGUGGUUCGAAUAAUAAUGAGCUGGAAUGAUAAGGCCAUAAGAAGUGAGAUAGAGCUGGGGCAACAUCCUUGCGGUCAACCCAAAGCCCAAAUCCACAACAACUUUAACUGUGCCCUAAACAAUGAGAAAGAUAUAUAAAUUAUAGCUGCUAAUUAUCUUUUUUUGACCUGUUAAUGGAGUAGGUGCAAUUCAAUGCUUAAAUAAUCUCUGUCUUUCAACAUUGAUGUUCAUACAUAUUGUGUUUCAAUUGUUUACGACAUAUGGAUGGAGCUACGAACGCUUUAAUUAUGGUGUACAAAAAUGUGUCCAUGGCGCAUCAAUAACAGUAUAGGAC